AUGCAAAGAGUUCGAAUCUCAUCACACCAAUCGCCCGUCCACAAGCUCGGGGACUCCCAAAUGACCUUAUCCCCAAAAUUCAAGCUUGCCCCUGCCCGUGGCCCAUCACUUCCCGACCCGACACUAGAAACCCACGACCCUCUAAUCCCGGGCCUCCCGGAUGACGUGGCGCUCCAAUGCCUCUUGCGGGUCGCGGUCGACCAACAUGCGUCUUGCCGACCCGUCUCGCGACGAUGGUUCUCCCUCUUCGGUAGUAAGGAGCGGUUCUUCACCCUCCGCAAGGAGCUCGGUUUUCACGACCCGUGGCUUUUCGUAUUUGCCUACAGUAAAUGCACGCGAAAAAUCGAGUGGAAGGUUCUUGAUCUCACUCGCCUCUCGUGGCACUCGAUUCCCUCUAUGCCGUGCAAGGAUAAAGUAUGCCCGCAAGGGUUUCGUUGCGUAUCGAUCCCUAAAGAUGGGGCUUUGUACGUUUUCGGAGGUGUUGUCUCGGAUGUCGAUUGCCCUCUCAACUUGGUCUUGAAAUACGAGGCGCGUAAGAACAAAUGGACCGUGAUGAAGAAAAUGAUCACGGCUAGGUCGUAUUUCGCGAGUGGGGUUAUAGACGGGAUGAUUUAUGUCGCGGGCGGGAAUAGCACGGAUCUUUACGAGCUCAACUCGGCCGAGGUCUUGGAUCCGGUUAACGGGCUUUGGAGACCCGUUUCGAACAUGAGUGUGGUGAUUGAUGGUCGGUUGUUUGUGGUGACCGAGCACGAGAGGACGAAGGUGAAGGUUUAUGACUCGGGUAGCGAUUCUUGGGAGAGUGUUGAUGGUCCGGUUCUACCGGAGGAGAUAUGCAAGCCCUUUAAGGUGGGGAGUUGGGGGUGGGAGAUUUAUGUUGUGGGCCGGAAUUUGCAUGUGGCUGUGGGCCGGGUCGAGAGAGCUGGGUCGAGGGGGUUUCGGAUCGAGUGGCGGGUCGUGGAUGCGCCCGGGUCGUUGUUUGAUCUUACGCCGGCGAGCGCGCAGGUUUUGUUCGCUUAG